AUGGAAACUCCGGUCAUGACUUCACCGAUUGCUGAAAAGGUUCUCCAUAGCAUAGCGGUAUCCAGUGUGAAGUACUUUGACUACGAGACCAUACAGUUGACACCCAAAGCACUCGACAACCAUCCUGAUAUUACAGCAUCAUACGAUUUCGCUAGCGCUCAAACAAGACUGAACGGGAACAUCUCCACUCCAAAAUGCAAAUUCAUGCCUGGCGAUGCUGAAUGGCCGACAGAGUCUCAAUGGCAGAACUUCAACAUUUCUCUGGGAGGCGCACUGGUUCAAGGAGUACCGUCUGCAGCAGUGUGUUACCCCGAGUGGCCCCAAUACGAUGAGGCGAAAUGCGCAGAGGUCACUGAGCUUUGGUCGGAUCCCGAAGCCAAUGAUCCUACGGGUCUGAAUUUUCCCCUUUUUGAAGGCGUCACCUGCGUGCCGCCGGCAUUCGCACGCCCAAAUGCGACUUGCAUAAUGGGAGGUAAACCAGCUUAUGUCGUCAACGUGACAAAUGUUGCACAAAUACAGUUGGCCAUCAACUUUGCGCGAAAUCAAAAUCUCCGAUUGAAUAUCAAGAACACUGGCCAUGAUUUCAUAGGGAAAUCGACCGGCGCCGGGGCCUUGUCAAUCUGGACACACUUUUUGCGCGAUAUCAAGUAUUUGGGUGAUUCCUUUGUCGACGCAUCAGGUCGUAAUGGCUCGGCAUUCAAAGUCGGCGCUGGUGUCACUGUCGGAGAGCUCUACAAAGCCGCCAACGACACGGGAGUGCAGGUGACGGGUGGCAUCGCACGCACUGUUGGUGUGGCAGGUGGAUAUAUAGCCGGUGGUGGCAAUGGACCUCUCAUCUCCAAAUACGGCAUGGCAGCCGACCAGGUCGUAUCACUCGAAGUCGUACUUCCGAGCGGGCAGUUUGUGUCCGUUGACCAAGAGAACUUUCCAGACUUGUUCUUUGCCCUCCGCGGUGGGGGCGGCAGUACCUGGGGCGUCGUGACAUCCAUAGUCAUCCGAGCAUAUCCCAAGACGCGCAUCACCAAGUCAACCUACAGCUUUGGGUCCGGUGUUCCUCUCGAUACUUUUUGGGCCGGAGCCGAGGCCUUGUUUGCUCAGUUCCCCAAGUGGCCCAAGGCCGGCAUCUAUAGCUAUUGGUCCUUUCAGUGCAGCAAUUCCACCGGUUGCGUGUUCUCCAUGGCACCGCAGCUAGCCCCAGAUCUGAGCGCCAAAGAAGUCCUGGCUCUAUCGCAGCCUCUAUUUGAUCGUCUCGAUGAACUCGAUAUACCCCUCGACAACUUGACGACCGUCGAGUUUGACGACUAUCUUUCUGCGUUUGACGACAGCUGGCCCGAGAGCACGAACACGGCGGGCAGCUGGGCGUUCCACACUGGCUCCCGCCUCUUUCCCGCGUCCAACUGGGAAGACGCCGAAACGGUCGCUGCCCAAAUGGCCAUAUUCCGUCACACGGCCGAGUCCUCGGGCUCCUUCUUUGGGUACAAUGUCCAACCGGCGUCGAACCCGCUCGUCAACCAGACCAACGCCGUCGACCCGGCGUGGAGAGGCACUUGUCUGUUCCUCAUGUCUGCCGCCUUUUGGUCGCAAAACACCACCGCUCCAGAAAUUGCGGCCGCGAACCAGGAACUCGUGCAGCGGUUACAGCCCUGGCGCGAAAUCGCCCCAAACGGCGGCGCCUACUUGAAUGAAGCCGACGCAAACGAGCCCAACUGGCAGAAGACUUUCUGGGGAGACAAUUACGAUUAUCUCUACGGCUUGAAGCAAAAAUAUGAUCCUACUGGGGUGCUCUAUGCUCAUACGGCAGUGGGCUCAGAGGAUUGGUAUAUUACGGAUCAGCUUGACUACUACCCUACGCAAAAUGGAAGACUGUGCCGGGUCAAUUGA